CUUCUGAAGUUCCUUCGUAGUGGCUUUCCCCUCCCUCCCGUGUUUCUGUUGGCGCUAAGCCUUCCCAUUCCUUUUGUAUUUUUGGCCAGGUGCCAUGAUGACUGUCAGUGCUCAACAGUGUUCCAAAGGAAAACUCCACCUCCCACACCCACGACUAAUUACUAUAAAACAUGACAUUGCAUCGUUCACCCAUCACUUGUGCAUAUCUGCUUUCCAGAGCUCUCAUCCCUCCAGAGAAAGAGUUCUAGUCUCAUGGAGGAAAUGCCUUUGAGCCCGGCAAGUCCUCGAGAGGCACAGAGGUUUAGGAAGCCAUGGCUGUUAUGCAUAGUUCCUCUGUUGUUGCUGCUGUUCUACACCACGGGUGCACUGAUCUUUGCUUCAUUCAAGCCAACUGUCAAAGAGCCCUGCAUGGUUAAGUUCGAACUAUCACCUUCAAAGUGGCAAAUGACAUCUCCUGAACCUCUUUGUGUAAAUAUGACAUCUGACGGGAAGCUGGAGAUACUUCAGGAUGGCGUGUAUUUAAUCUAUGGCCAAGUGACUCCUGUCGAUAAAGGAAAUAUACAAAACUCUGCUGAUUUUAUAGUAGAGCUAGUUAAAGAAGGAAAUGUUUUACAAUCUGCAACAAAUGACUUUCAAAUCCUAACUAUUGGAGGGAUUUAUGAACUGCAUGCUGGAGAUUCCAUAUAUUUGAGGUUCAACUGUGAUAACCAUGUUCAAAAAAAUAAUACAUAUUGGGGCAUCAUUUUAAUGCCAGAUCUCUCAUUCAGCUCCUAGAGAUUUGGUUUGGUCUCAUCAUCUUUCUCAGUGUAUCCAGCAAUGCUG